AUGGCCUUUGAGCGGUGGCACCUCGCCUGCGACGAAGGGGGCGAUCCCGUCUUCCCUCGCGGCGGCGGCGAUGAAUUGAAGGCGGACCUCGUCGCGUCGAAGCACUCGGCGGCGGAAGCGGACGCCAUCGUCGCCGAGCACGCGAGGGCCGUCGCCGCCGCGUGGGGCCGCGCGGCCGCGACGGCGUCGACCGCGCGGGCCACGACGGUCGCGCGCCGGGACGGCGGCGCCAGACACUUUUUCUGCGGCGACGCGACCGCGGAGCUCCCGGAAAAGGUGGACGCGAAACUCCGGGAGCUCGCGCGCCGCGCGGGGACGAAACCUACCGACGUCGACGCGUGCAUCCUCGCGAUGACGAUGCGCUACGACGCCCUCGGCGGCAGCGGCUUCCAGGCCGCACUCCCGGGCGCCGCGUUCCGCGCGCUCCGCGACAGAUUCGGCGUGAACUUCGAGUGCUUCGCGUCGCCGCUCAACGCCUACUACGAGCGCUACUGCUCGGCCCACGCCGACGUCGACGCGCCCUUCGGGUCCCUGGGCUCCUUCUACGACUUCUCGCCGCGGCGCGGCGCCUUCGAGUGCAACCCGCCGUUCGCGCCCGCGCCGCUGCUGCGGGCCGCGCGCCGCUGCGACGCGCUCCUCGCCGCCGCGGAGGCGCGACGGGACGCGCUGGCCUUCGCCUUCGUCGCGCCGGUCUGGACGGACCAGGCCGCGUGGGCCGCGGUCGACGGCUCCCGCUUCAAGCGCGGCGCGGUCCGCGUGCCCCGCGAGGACCACGCGUGGCGCGACGCGCGGACCGCCAGGGCGCGGCGCGUGCCCGUCGACACGGCCAUCUUCAUCCUCGCGACGAGCGCCGCCGAGGCGGCCCACCCCUGCGACGCCGCGGCCCUCGGCGAGGUGCGCGCCGCGCUCCUCGUCCCGUAG